AUGCCUAAUAUCGGUCGACCCAGCCGGGACUGCUAUGCGUGUCGUCAACGUCGCGUAAAGUGCGAUCUCACGCGUCCGGAGUGUAAGAAAUGUGUUAAAAAGGGGCUAAGAUGUUAUGGCUACCGAGAUAAGCUAGACCUCUGCUUUCGAAUAGAGACUGUUUCUUCGCUGCAGUCAAGGAUGGACGGGGAUGGUCAUCGAUCACGCUAUCGGGGCGAUAAUUUAUAUCCCUCAGCUGAGAGUCAGUCUCUAGAGGCCAUCACUAGCGGCAGGCCAGUUUAUGUGGAAGAAACUAAAGUAUGCUCUCCCCCGAUGGUGUAUCCUUUGACUGAGUCGUGGAGUAACCACUUCAUGCCUCUUACCAUGAACUAUCUCAAAGAUGCAUUUGGUGUGGCUAGUGAUCUGUUUCAUACCAUUACACGUAUGAUUUCCAAGGUGGAGGAGGGAUCUGUUCUUUACCAGGCCUGUAAUGCUGUUGGCUUCGCGUAUAUAGCCACCCAAAGACAGUACCCAAAGACUAUACCUACUCGAGCAAGAAUUUACGGAACAGCUCUCAAAGCUGUAAAUCGCGCUAUCCAAGACCAGCAGCAACUUCGGAGUGACAGAACUUUACUAAGUGUCUGGUUGUUGGGCAGAUGUGAGCUUCUUUUGGGUUCAUUACAUAGUGUCACCUCUAGUAUCGAAUCGUCAGCGUGGGAUGUUCACACUCGAGGACUGAUAGAGUUGAUUCGCCUGCAAAGUCAAGAUCUCUUUGACACGCAGGAUAGGCGCAACCUGUUCUGGGUUGCUUUUACUGCUGUACAAGUUUACGCGAUUAGUACCGGCAAGAGAUGUCCUCCGGAGGCCGGAAGCUGGAUUCGUGAAAUCUACGGACGUAGCGGGGUAGCAGAAUACCCAGUACUCCAAGUGGGUGUUUUCUCCUAUAACUGCACCCUUCUUUGCAGCCGUAUUCGACAACUAGUUGAUGAAUGCGAUCUUGACGAGUUGCUCUCCAGCUCAUCAUCUAUCCUGCUAGAGCUGGACCAGAUGGAGAUGAAAGCGCAUCCAUCCUCUCAUGAAAGGCUUAUCUCAGGUUGUGCAGUAUCACCAGCAUUGACAUCAUCUUCUGGCCCUGAUAAUACGGAGCCACGUCAUGUUGGCGCAUAUGCCUUCCAAGUUAACUUCAGAAUUCGACUGCUUUACCACAUAAUUGAAUUCCUGCUCCUUGCAUCCAGAGCACCGUCUUGUACAUCUCAGCAGCAAGCCGAUUUCUCCAAUAUCCAAGAUCGUUGCAUUGGGGAACUUCGGACUUUGACAUCAAACACCUCACACGUUUUAGGCCCGACAUCAAGGGCAAGCUCUGUUACUAAGCUCAAUCAGUACAUUCGAACCCACCUGCUACCGAGAUUUGGCCCUAUUGCGGAGUCCCAAACGAAAAUAAUAGAAAAUACAAUGUUGGAAUGA